AUGGGCAUGGACGAUCCAGUUGAAAUGAUUCGCGUAUUGCAGCAAAAGAUGGAUGAGAUGCAGCAGCGGCAUGAGGACGAACUAGCCGCCGUGAAGGCCGACUGUGAAGCCCGAAUAGCCCGAGAGGUCGGGCGGAUAGCUGAAGGGGAGCAAAGGAAGGACAAAGGGAAGGCGAUAGCGGGGGACCACCCGCCCACUAAGACCGAGUGCGAUAGAACUUGGAGACCUACUGGGUCUGAAGCGGAAGAAAGUAAGGCCAAAUCGGUGCAUGCGGAGAGCGCCGUCGAGGAUGGGCGGAUGGUAUUGAAGUCGGAACCUUCAUCCACCUUGCUACUGCCGUUCACCCAAAAUAUAAUGAACGUCCAAAUCUCGGAGCAAUUUGUGGCUCCGCAAUUUAAAAUGUACCACGGGACAACUGACCCUGCGUCCCACAUCCAAACGUUCUCGAACGCAAUGGCGUUCCGGACGGGCAAUGACGCCAUUUGGUGCCGAGCAUUCUCAUUAUCAUUAGAGGAUGAAGCGCUGGAAUGGUUCAACACCCUCCCUCCUAACUCCAUUGAGAACUUCGCUGGUUUAAAACAGCUGUUCAUUAAACAGUUCGCGGCCAGUAGCGCCCAAGACUUGACUGUGUUCGAGUUGAUGACCCUCAAGCAGGGGAAAGAGGAGACACUGCGGACAUUCAUGGACAGGUACCAGAAGACCGUCCGGCGUGUAAAAAGCCUGACACCUGAGCUCGCCCUGCACUACGUCCUGCCGGCUCUUAAACCAGGACCAUUCAAGGAUAGCGUCUGCAGGCGAGCACCCAAGACGAUGGAGGAAUUAAGGGAAAGAGCAGCCGACGAAAUAAGGGUGGAGGAGAUGAAACUCUCAUAUAGGAGGGAGAGCCAAGAGGCCAAGGUCGAUAGAGCAGACGGAGGGAAGAAUGGUGCCUCGGCAGGAAGACCGACCGGCCUUAGACACAAAGAACAAAAGAGAGGACCUCGUUUCCAGCAAUACACUCCCUUGAACGCACCCAAGGAGAAGAUUCUAAGGGAAGCGCUUAGCGCGGACCUAAUCCGCCAACCGGAAGGAUGCCAGACUCCGAAGGGAGCGGAUGGAAGUAAGCACUGCGCUUAUCACAGAAACAUGGGCCACACCACGGAGGAAUGCACGGCCCUUAAGGAUAAAAUAGAGGAGCUUAUCCAGGCGGGAAAGCUCAAGCAAUACGUCCGCGAGGAGCGACCUCCGCAUACGGCCACCCGGUCUACUCAGCGACCGGCAUAUCGUUCGGACAGGCCGAGACCGACAAGGACCGAACGACCUCGAUCAGAGAGGAGACGAAGCCGAAGCCGAAGCCGUAGCCGAAGUCGAGAACGCCCUCUGCGGGGGCACAUCAACACGAUCUCAGGAGGGUUCGCAGGGGGAGGGUCAUCCUCCUCUGCUCGGAAGCGCCACAUACGAGCCCUCCAAUCGGUGAAUUCGGUGGACAAACCGCGGCGGACCAUGCCGCCUAUCACAUUCUCGGAUGAAGAUUUUCAUGCCCCAGAUCCUGACCAGGAUGAUCCGAUGGUCAUAACGGCCGAGAUAGCCAGGUACGGAGUCAGCAAAGUUCUGGUCGACCAGGGGAGCUCGGUCAACAUCUUGUAUUGGAAAACUUUUCAGCAAAUGGACAUCUCAGAGGACCUUGUCGUCCCCUACGAUGGCCAGAUCGUGGGAUUUGCAGGAGAAAGGGUCGAUACCAGGGGGUAUGUGGAAUUGAGGACAAGGCUGGGAACCGGCCGAUCUAGCGAGGAAAAGAGGAUUCGAUACUUGCUAGUCGAGGCUAACACCUCGUACAAUGUAUUGCUCGGACGACCAUGUUUGAAUGCGUUCGGAGCAAUCGUUUCCACGCCCCACCUCACAAUGAAGUAUCCGUCCGAAAAAGGGACUAUAUGUACUGUUCGGGCGGACCAAAAGACGGCCCGAGAGUGUUACGCAGCGGGUUUGAAGUUGCACACCCGGCAGUCAAAACGUAGAGCGAUCGGUUCGGAGGUUGCAAUGGCGGAUCUUGACCCCAGGACGAACACUGAGGACCGGCUGGAACCAAUGGGGGACACCCAGCCUGUUUUAAUAGGAAGGGACCCCGCCCAUACGACUGCCAUCGCCAGAGAAAUGGAUCCCGACCUGGAGAAGGAGUUGAGAGCACUCCUAUGGACCAAUAGGGAUCUAUUCGCGUGGACGACGGCCGAUAUGCCGGGUAUCCAUCCUGCCGUCAUGACCCACAAGCUUUCGCUUUUUAAGGAUGCCCGCCCGGUCGCGCAGAAGAAGCGGAGGAUGGGCGACGAAAAACGACAGGCCGUGCAGGAGGAGGUGAGGAAGCUGAAGAAGGCUGGGUUUGUCCGAGAAGUUACAUAUACUACGUGGUUGGCUAACGUAGUGAUGGUGAAAAAAGCAAGUGGGAAGUGGCGCAUGUGUACAGAUUACACGGACUUAAACAAGGCUUGUCCAAAAGACUCCCACCCCUUGCCUAGCAUAGAUGCCCUGGUGGACGGGGCUUCUGGACACCGAGUGUUAAGUUUCUUAGAUGCUUAUUCCGGGUAUAACCAAAUACCCAUGUACGGGCCGGACGUUGAAAAGACGGCCUUCAUCACGGAGAAAGCAAACUUCUGCUAUGAAGUGAUGCCAUUCGGCCUGAAAAACGCUGGGGCGACGUACCAACGCUUGAUGGACCGCAUCUUUCGGGAGCAGAUAGGCCGGUGUAUGGACGUUUAUGUAGACGAUAUGGUAGUCCGGUCCUCGGCCGGGAAAGAGCAUAUUAGAGACCUGGAGGAGGUGUUCCGCCAGGUGCGGAAGUUCGGUAUGCGCCUAAAUCCCGCCAAAUGUACAUUUGGAGUAGCGGCAGGGAAAUUCUUGGGCUUCAUGUUGACAUCCCGAGGGAUCGAAGCCAACCCGGACAAAUGUGGAGCGGUACUUCAGAUGCAGAGUCCCGCCACGCUCAAAGAAAUCCAGAGAUUAAUUGGACGUCUCACCGCUUUGUCACGAUUUAUCCCCAAGCUGGCGGAAAGAGUGAGACCAAUUUUGCGAAAGAUGAAAAAGGGGGCUGGCCCCGUGUGGGACGACGAGUGCGAGCGGGCUUUCCAAGAUGUGAAAACUAUCCUCGUCAACCCGCCGGUCAUGAACCGCCCGGGGGCAGGAGCAGACUUACACGUUUUCCUGGGAGUAUCAGAAACGGCCAUUAGCGUCGUAUUGUUGCAAGAGCAGCCUCAGCCGAGGCUAGUGUACUUCAUUAGCCGAACGCUUCUAGACGCCGAAACUCGCUACCAUAGGGUAGAGAAGGUGGCAUUAGCUUUGCUAAACGCGUCCCGGAGACUCCGCCCCUAUUUCCAAAGUCAUCAGGUGAUAAUCAGGACCGACUUUCCCAUCUCCAAGAUCUUGAGAAAGCCGGAUUUGGCUGGACGAAUGGUUGCUUGGGCGGUGGAGCUUUCGGAGUUUGGACUGCGUUAUGAACCCAGAGGGUCGAUCAAAGGCCAACACUUAGCAGAUUUUGCAGCAGAACUACCCCCCUCCAAUCAAGAUGAAUGGAGGUUAUACGUUGACGGGGCCUCCGGCCAAUCGGCCAGUGGGGCCGGCAUCGUCCUUGAAGGUCCCAAUGGGUUCUUACUCGAACACUCCCUGAUAUUCAAAUUCAAAGUCUCCAAUAAUCAAGCCGAAUAUGAGGCCUUAGUGGCCGGCCUCAAACUCGCAAAAGAUAUGGGUGCCAGGAGGGUUACUUGCCACACGGAUUCAGAGCUAGUGGUUGGCCAGAUGAACGGCAAUUUCCAGGUCCGGGAGGAGCGACUACUGCCUUACUUCCAGCAAGCAACUGAGCUAGUAAAAAACUUCGACAAAAUUGCAAUACAACACAUACCCCGGGAACAGAACACUAGGGCCGACGUACUGUCCAAACUCAGUUCCGGGAAAGAAAAGGGACAACUAACUACCAUUGUAAGACAAGUGUUACUCCAGCCCUCAGUGGAAUGUUCGGCUGUAUCCGGUGGAGGGAGUGAUUGGCGGAUGGAAGUCAGAGAAAUCAUGACCCGCCAAGACGAAGGAAGGACGGUUACCCCUCAUGACGCCAAAAAAGUCGCCCGUUACCUUGUCAUAGGGGAUGACUUGUACCGAAGAGGAUUCUCCUCCCCCCUCCUCAAGUGCUUAGGGAGCGAAGAGGCCCGUUAUGUCAUGGACGAACUUCACAACGGCGUUUGUGGUCUCCAUACGGGUUGGAGAACGUUGAAGGCCCGCCUGCUGAGAGCCGGAUAUUAUUGGCCGACCAUGGAGGCAGACACCAGAGUGUUUGUCCAAAAGUGCAUCCGUUGUCAAGAACACUCCAACAAUUCCCACCUGCCGCCACACGCUUUACAUUCAAUAUCUUCCCCAUGGCCGUUCGCCCAAUGGGGAAUGGAUAUCGUUGGACCGUUCCCUGUAGGGCGCGCACAGAAGAAGUUCCUUUUGGUGGCGGUUGAUUACUUCACCAAGUGGGUAGAGGCCGAGCCCUUGGCAACCAUUACGGCCGCCCAGGUCCAGAAGUUCUGUUGGAAACUGAUAUGUCGCUUCGGCCUCCCUCGAUCCAUCAUCACGGAUAAUGGCCGGCAGUUCAUUGACAAGAAACUCGCCGAAUUCUUCAAAGGACUGGGGAUAAAGCGCAUCACCAGCUCGGUCGAACACCCCCAGACGAACGGUCAAGCCGAAGCAAUGAACAAGACCAUCGUCUCAGAACUCAAGCGUCGUUUAGGCGAGAGAAAGGGAGCCUGGGUAGACGAGUUACCCGAAGUCCUCUGGGCGUAUAGAUGCACACCUCACGGGACCACUGGCGAAACUCCUUUCAACCUAACUUACGGCACAGACGCCAUGUUGCCGGUCGAGUUGGGGGAGCCGUCCCUGAGACGACAAGUUGAGGACUUACACCUCAAUGACCGGGAGCUGAGGAUUGAAUUAGACUCCUUAGACGAACGGCGCGAUCGAGCGGCGUUAAGAGCCGAAGCAUGCAAACGUAUGGUUGAGAGGAAAUAUAACUCCAAAGUGCGACCAAGGAGCUUCCAAGAGGGAGACCUAGUAUGGAGAAAAGCAGUGGAUGCUCGCCGAAAUCCGACACAUGGAAAACUUGCUGCUAAGUGGGAGGGGCCUUAUCGAAUAUCAGAGACCCUAGGAAAUGGGGCGUACAGACUGGAGCAAACGGGCGGACGUCCCAUUCCUAAUACUUGGAACGCCACACACUUGAAGUUCUAUUUUAGCUAA